AUGAAUGAAGAUGGCCAAAUGAACAGUAGUUCUGAAGACUACUUCAUUCUGCUGGGCUUUUCACACUGGCCUCACCUGGAAGUAGCUCUCUUCGUGCUCAUCUUGAUAUUCUACCUGAUGACACUGAUAGGCAACCUGUUCAUCAUCAUCCUGUCGUACCUGGACUCCCACCUGCACACUCCCAUGUACUUCUUCCUCUCCAACCUCUCUUUUCUGGAUCUCUGCUAUACCACCAGCUCCAUCCCUCAGCUGCUGGUCAACCUCUGGGGCCCAGACAAGACCAUCUCCUAUGCUGGCUGCAUGACUCAGCUCUACUUUGUGCUUGCACUGGGGGCCACAGAGUGUGUCCUUCUGGUGGUGAUGUCCUAUGACCGUUAUGCAGCUGUGUGCAGGCCUUUGCAUUACAGUGUCAUCAUGCACCCUCGUUUCUGUCACCUGUUGGCUGUGGCUUCCUGGGUUUGUGGUUUUACCAACUCAGCCCUUCAUUCCCUCUUUACCUUCUGGGUGCCCCUGUGUGGAAAUCGCCAUGUGGAUCAUUUCUUCUGUGAAGUCCCAGCAUUGCUGCAAAUAUCCUGUGUAGAUACUCAUGCUAAUCAGCUGACACUCAUGGUUACAAGUUCUAUAUUUGUGUUAAUACCUUUGCUUCUCAUUUUCACAUCCUAUGGCGCCAUUGCCAGGGCUGUGUUGAGAAUGCAGUCAACCACAGGACUUCAGAAAGUCUUUGGGACAUGUGGUGCCCAUAUUAUGGUUGUUUCCCUGUUUUUCAUUCCAGUCAUGUGUAUAUAUCUCCAGCCACCAACAGAAAAUUCCCAAGAUCAAAGCAAAUUCAUUGCCCUCUUUUACACAGUGGUCACACCUAGCCUUAACCCUUUAAUCUACACCCUGAGAAACAAAGAUGUAAGAGGGGCAGUAAAGAGACUAAUGGGGAGAGAGUAA